UAGCACACAUCGGCUCACCAUGACGCAGUGCCUUAAGCCCCGCCCCCCCCACUGAGGGUUUAGUAAAGCGUCACGUUGCUCUGCAGCAGAGUCUCUCCAGUCAGCUCGACAUCCUUUACAUUGCUACUCUUUGAAGCUCUCACGUCGUCCCACAGCCGCCAUGACUCACCAAUUUCCCGCUCUGAGCCCUGAGCAGAAGAAGGAACUGCAGGACAUCGCGCAGAGGAUCGUGGCCCCAGGGAAGGGCAUCCUUGCUGCCGAUGAGUCCACUGGCAGCAUGGCCAAACGUUUCACCCCCAUUGGCGUGGAGAACACGGAGGAGAACCGACGUCGCUACCGCCAGCUUCUCUUCACGGCCGAUGCGCGCAUCGACAGCUGCAUCGGUGGCGUCAUCUUCUUCCACGAGACGCUGUACCAGACCACAGACGACGGCACUCCCUUCUCCAAGCUCAUCAAGGACCGUGGCAUCGUCGUCGGCAUCAAGGUGGACAAAGGUGUAGUGCCCCUCGCCGGAACAAAUGGAGAGACCACCACUCAAGGUCUGGACGGGCUGUCCGAGCGCUGCGCCCAGUACAAGAAGGAUGGUGCCGACUUCGCAAAGUGGCGCUGUGUGCUGAAGAUCAGCGACACCACGCCGUCAGAGCUGGCCAUCUUUGAGAAUGCUAACGUGCUAGCACGCUAUGCUAGUAUUUGCCAGCAGAAUGGCAUUGUCCCCAUUGUGGAGCCAGAGAUCCUUCCUGAUGGAGACCAUGACCUAAAGCGCUGCCAGUACGUCACUGAGAAGGUUCUAGCUGCCGUGUACAAGGCUCUGUCAGACCACCAUGUCUACCUGGAGGGGACGCUCCUGAAGCCCAACAUGGUCACCGCCGGACACUCAUGCCCCAACAAGUACAGCGGCGAGGAAAUCGCCAUGGCCACAGUCACCGCGCUGCGUCGCACCGUCCCUCCUGCAGUCACAGGAGUGACCUUCUUGUCAGGCGGCCAGUCUGAAGAGGAGGCCAGUGUCAACCUCAACGCCAUCAACAACUGUCCGCUCGCCAAGCCCUGGGCACUCACAUUCUCCUAUGGCCGCGCCCUGCAGGCCUCUGCCCUGCAGGCUUGGAGAGGAGACCUAAGCAACGAGAAGGCCGCCACCGAGGAGUUCAUCAAGCGUGCCGAGGCAAACGGUUUAGCCGCCCUUGGCAAGUACGAGUCCGCCGGCACAGGUGGCGCCGCGGGACAAUCCCUCUACGUGGCCAACCACGCCUAUUAAAGCAGCACAUGUGACGGCGGCCUAGUUAGACUUAUAUCUGCUCUGCUAUUAACCUCCCCACCACUCCUACAUGCAUCACUGGCCUACGCUGUCUACUGAUCUGAAAAGUAUUAUUAUUAAAAUGACUGCAUAACAUAUUUUAAAUCAAAUUGUCAAACUACUAAAAAGGGAGCUGCUGUAUUUUUCCUUAUCAGAUCGAACAAUUAAAAAAUUAGUUUGAAGUGUAUGUGGAGUGGUAUUAUCAGCUGAGGCAGAAAAAUAAAUAGCCUUCCUGCCUCCGUUUUGUCUCAUAUUGGACAGCAUGUUUGUUUCUGUGUUUCACUGAAUGCAUUCGUGCUUUAAAAGGCAAAAAUCCUCUCAGUGGGACCAACAAGGCAUCAAAAAGACAUUUCCAGUUUAAGUUUUUAGUCUAAAAACGCGAGGUCCCCCAGACACACAAGGACUCUUAUGUCGUAUAAUUCCUCUUAAUGUUUUCACUCUCACACUUCACGCUCUCACUAAUCAAUCCACUUGUGUGUGUCCAAUCUUGAGUGUACCGUUAGCUUUAAAUUGCACAGUUAAGUGUAUGCGGUUGUGUGAAGCUGUCGAUAUUGUGUGUCAUUCCCCCUCCGGCAUCCUCGCGCCGGCCCCACGAUAGGAAGAGCAAAACAAAGACAAAGUGAAGUGAUGGUGGCUGCCGAAGUGCUCUCGGACCAACGUGUGGGCCGCGCAGCGAGGAAACACUGCUGUAUUGGAAAAAUGUGAUGUUUGUGGUGUUAAUAUUGUUCUUGAAGCACUCUACUGUAUGUCAAAUAGUGAAAACAAAUAAACUAUAUUAAACAGUAAACCGUG